UGGCCUGUCCUUUUUUUGUCGCUUGCUUCAAUUGUAGAUAGUUGGGUAAGAAUUCGUUUAUGUUUAUUGUCUUGUUCGUUCUGCUCUCCAUUACUCCUCCUCAUUCCCAUCCUUCCCUUUCACCUCAUCGUUUACCUCACCCCGACACUCACACACCCACCCAUCACAUCACAUCACUCCUCCCUCCUUCAAACCCACUUCUCAGACUGCCCAUCCACAUCCCCCUCCAUACUCCAAUUCUCCUCAGCACUCCUCUCAUUGCCACCAUUUCCCCUCUCCAUCUUCUCGCCUCCUUGCACAGCCUGGUAGUGUCCAGCGGGUGCAUAUUCGACCUGGUAGAUGGUGUCGUAGGGACUUUGUUGUUGAGACUCGUUGAGCCAGCGGGAUAGAGGGUUGUGAAGGUUGGGGUUGCUGUGGGUGUUGGUGCUGGUGCUGGUGUGAUUGUAGUGGUUGGAGCUAGUGCUUGAAGGCUGGGAGGCUGGGUUAGAGGCUUGGGUUUGGUGGUGGGCUUGGGGGUGAGCGUUCGUGUAAGAGCUGGUGUUUGAUUCAGAGGUGUGGCCUAUGUGUAGCUGUGGCCAGGUACGAUGGGUGGUAGUAUAUGUCUUGGGCUUGAAGGGAUUUGGUCAGCGCUGUGUUGAUGCCUCAGGGGACGAACGUACUUCUUUGCUGGUUGAGGCACUGGACUGGUGCGAUGUGUGGUCUUGAGAGAUGUUGGCCAUUUUGGUGUCGGUGAUGAGGGAUACCGUGCUUCUUGGAGAUUAAUGGAGUCAAAUUUUCAGGUAGGAAUGUCAAUGAAGUCGGGCUCUACGGAGUAUGCAUCGUUUCGAAAGGUUGAGGGUUGGACGCUUUAUACUUUCGUGAAGUCGAAGUCAUGGCCAGCAUCCACGAGGAGAUCACAAUAUCAUGGUGCGAAGUUGUCUCGAGUGCACGAAGCUGGUGUGUUCAGUCCCCAGUACAUCUCGCUGUAGGGGACUUUCGGACAAGAACCAGCACCGUCAUUUCUGAGAAGGGCAGAGACACUUUGCUGUGGGGGACCUUUUCGCUCAUUUUCGGGACGCUCACUGGCUCGGAUGCUGUCUACUAUUUUGGUAUUCAGCACAUCAUCCCGGGUUUAUGAUCCGUUUACAAAUGCGCCCAUCUACAAAGGAGCAUGGAAUUCUGGGCAAGACAUGAAAACAAUUAGACGAAGUCAACAACUUGAUGCGGGGGACUUUCUGCACCACAUUCGACGAAUGAGAAGAGCUCUCAGUAUCUCCAUAGGGCUUGUCAAUAUGGUUCAAGGUGUAACGCAGGUACAUAAGCUUGAAAGCCUCCACGGCUGUCGGUCAAUAGACGCGCUGCAGCCUUGCCCAUGCUGGGGACUUUUGGAAACGAACAUAACUGGGUAUGGAUCGAGAUAGGAUCAGAGGGAUCUCGUGUGCCGGUUUAAGAUCCUGGAGCAGAUCCGGGUAGUUUGAUGGAUGCCGUCACCUUCGGUCACGGUACUAGGCGAAUUGCUUAGACUGUAUGUUGGGGACUUUCGUCAAGCCACACGUUGAUGCUGCUUUCACGCCAGGGUCGUUCACACCUAAGGUACGUGCGGAUAGGGAUAAAGAAUGCGCGGAUUGGUGGACAUGGCGAUGGGCACCCACACGGAGCCUCUUUGAAUCCCUUGUGGGAGAGCUGGCAAAUACAAGGUUGUACGACCGGCUGGUGCCGGCAUGCAAUGUCCCCUGGCUCCAGGUCUCUCUGGUUGGCUCGGAUUCGGUAGAUUUCAGCCUCGCCAGCAAAAGCAGCAUGCUGCCAUGCUGGGGACUUUUGUUGAUUGGUUUGCUACGGUACACCACAUGCAAGCCACCACAGCUCUAGACUGUGAGAGACUUUCAGCACCUAUCUCCAGGCGGUCGUGCUAGCCAAAUAUCUGAUUGAUACAUGAGUGUGUGAUGUUCGUGUGAUGGUCUUGGAGACAUCCACAUCUUGUUCUCCGCGACUUUGUCAUGUCGAGCUAAGAAGCAGCUCUUCCCUCCCAACUCACCCAAACUAUUAUUCUGAUUGACUCUUCUCCAAAGCUCUCAUACUUGGUACAUACUGUCAAAACACCGCUUCCGCCAAAAACGGUUGCUAAGGAUGGAUGAAAUUGGUGUUCUGCCGAUGGCAGCCUUGCCUCAGGAGAUGAACCUGGAUCACGAAAGCGGUAAAUCCGCCACUCAUAUCAACAACAUACAUUCGCGAUCGGUUGCUCCAGCUGGUUUAAAAUGGAAGGAAGUCACCAAGGAGCAAUGGCCGGAGCUAAAGCCCUUCAUUCGUCGCCUGUACCUCGACGAGAACAUGACCCGCCAGGCUGUCACAAAACAUAUCGCCGAGGUGUACAACUUCCGACUGACGAAACGACAAUUCAACCGAAAGAUUUCGGAGUGGGGCUUCGAGAAGAAUACGAAGAAAGCUGAGAGACUGUCUGUGCUUGAAUCGGUCAAGAGAAAGCAGGCUUUCGAGACCACGACGAUUCGAGGACGGAUGCUUGACAAGUCGAAAUUGGAAAGGUGGAGCAAGCUUGAUGGAGUUCCCCUGCAGGGUGAAAUGAAGAAUAGUGAUAUCACUGGCGCGACUUCAGGUGCCACAUCCAAGAUAGCUGAAGAGUCUGGAACAAACGGCGGACCAAAUAUUAGUCCUGGUUUCGUGGUCAUUGAGAAAGGUCCAAUCAUUCCAGAUGCCUCGAUGAUGGAUGGUGAUGCACCGGAUAGCUUCCUCCCAGUAGACAGGAACAGUAUGCCAAUUAAUAUUUGGGAAUCAGUCAAUGUUAUCGAUUCUCCUCGACUCACAGGACUUUUAGGAGCAUUAAGCCUCUAUGAGUGCGAGUCAUUUUCUCUUGACCGCUCGCUUCUGGGAGAGGGUCUGGACGUUGACGAUGCUCUCGCGGAGAUGGAAAGGUGUCCAGCUUCGAACUCUCAAGACGAGGAGAAUGACCCCGCAAACUCGACCGCUGUCGUGGGGUCUGAUGUCCACCAUCACAAGCACAACCCUUUGAUCAUACCGACUUGGAAAUUCCAAGAUAGACCAACUGCUGGAUUGUCUCCGUUCGCAGCACCAACUGCGAAAACGAUGUCUCGAAUGUAUGGAUUCUCGUCGCUAGACGAUCUGCAACUUUCUGAGGCCAAAUGCAUGGCUAAGAUGCGCAGAUGGAGCAAGAUGGCGCCUGUCAAUAUCCUCAAUCUGGCGGAUAGUAUGGCGUUCAUUGCGAAGCAUUACCAUUUUUCAAGAGAUUACCAUUCGGCAUUGCUUUGGUAUCGUCGGAUCAUAAGAAUGAAGAGGCAUGCGCCCGUUCGUCACCUGAAUCCGAAUCAGAUAUUGGACGCGAGUCUAAAUGUAAUUCUGUGCCUCUUGUUUAAAGGAGCUUGCGUCGAAGCUCGAAACCUUCACCGAGACUUUCAUAAGACGAUAUUAGACCGCUUCGCCGAUCAAUACAUAGCUAUUGGGUCACGAGAUACACUAGCCGUCUUACUCACUCAAUUUGGGGAAAAUAAAGAAGCAGAAGUAAUAUGUCUAGAACUACUGCAGAUACAAUUGAGCAGAUUUGGAGUAAUAAGUUAUGAGGGUAUGAAGAGUAUAUGGCGGUUAGCAGAUUGUUUGUUCCGAAGAGAACUGUUUUCUCAGAGCGAAAAGCUAACCCGCACGUUCCUACACCUUUGGUCUCAGCUUCCAGGGUACUCUCAUGUGGAUACAUUUCAGAGAAUCACGACUUUCGACAAACAUCUUGGUCUUGUAAGAGUGCUGAAUGCCAGAGAUCAACACCAAGAGGCUGCACAGUUGCUCCAACACCUCAAUGGGGCAUUCCCAGACCUGAGCGCGAUUGAGGAUAGAGGAUCUUUUUCAUACCAUUAUGAGCUGGCAGAGUCAUGGAGACGUCAAGGCCGUCUGGCUAAAAGUGAACAGAUAUUGCAGGACUUGCUUCACUACCAAGAGGUAUUCAUGUCUCCGAGUUAUCGAGCUAGCGUGUUCCACACGCUGGCGUUGAUAUCAGAGCAGACCGGCCGUAAGAGAGAAGCUGCAUCUUGGUAUAAGAAAAGAUAUGAUCUGUAUGUUGAGACAUUUGGCGUUGAGCACAGGUAUUCCAUGGCAAGCUGCAAGUACCUCGGAUAUUGCUAUGCGGAUCAAGCACUUUUCGAUGAAGCUAUUUCACAUUAUGAGCGCACGAUAUCGGACAUUAAACUGCUUCACCAGGGUGAAGAAGAUGGUUCUCAGAACGAAAAUAUCGAGACGAUACGAGGUUGGAUGGUGCAAGUGGACACAGACAAAUGCAAGGCAAUCGGAUUCGAAUUUGCGGACCGAGGGCUAUUUGAUGAUGCCAUUCUGCAUUUUCAGCAGCAGCGCACAAAGCUCACUGAAAUGAAAGUGGAUAUUACAGGUGACCCUGCCAUCAGUUCGGCUGAGGGAGGUAUCACGAGAAUUACUAGGUGGAUAUCAAUAGUGCAGAUGGAGCAAUGCAAAGCGAUCGGUUUCGGUUACGCAGACCAAGGACGUUUCAACGAAGCUCUUUCCCAUUUUCAGCAGGUCGAAGCCGAACUCGUCGAAGCCAAAAGGAGCAGCAGUGAACCUGUUGCUGGUUCACACACAAAAUCAAUCGAACGAGUCCGCAGGUGGAUUUCGAACGUGGUUGAGCGGGAGAUGGCGAGUUUGGAAGAAACGGGAUUUGAUUUCGUCGAUAAAGGUCAGUUCGAAGAAGCGAUACUGUACUUCCGACAAGCGAUCACGAGAUUCACCGAGGUAGCAGCUAGAGAACCAAGUAUCAAUAUAUACCACGGAUGUGCUGAGAAGGUGCAAUGUUGGUUAUCAACGGUAUAUGCUCUGAUGUCCUUGGACAGCUGCUGGGAGACUGGAAUGGGCUACGCAGAUGACGGGCUAUUUGACCAAGCUAUCAAGCACUUCCAGCAAACCAUGGAUUCGAUUAACCCAGCCGUAGAGAAUGGUACCUAUGAUCCCAAGGAGUGUCUAGAGAUCCUGCACUACUGGAUACAGAGCGUAGAGGAACGGAAGGCACGGGCGUGCGAGGAGAGCGCUUCUGAACAAGACUCGGAUGAUUCUGGCCACGAUAUGGAGAUAGAAGAGGAGAUGUUGGCCUAGAAGACACGAUCUGACUGCCAGACCUUCUUCCCCGAAUGGCGUUCUUCACCAAUACGGCCAUCUACUCGAGUAUUGUUUGGCAAAAGGUUCAAAAAUCAAAAACAUACAACAAAGCUUGGGUUUGGCAGAGCGGACGGGAUGCCCCAUUCUCUUCAGUCUAUGGUCAUAUGCAACAUGAACUGACUUGGGGUUGUUAUUAGAUCAAGAUUCCCUUAGCGCUCAUUUACGCAGUAAAGGAAAACCUGUAUUACAGGGAAUGCGAUAAUAAAGUGUUUCGCAUAGGUUUUAGCGUAUGUUAGCUCAGGGUUAGGCAAAGAGUUAAAAGACCGGUGUCUGUGUUUCGACAAUAGGUCUUUUCUAGUGAGCGAGCUUCACAAGCACUUUCCCACUCAACUGCCGUAGCGAGACCCUGUAAUUAAGCGAAGAACGCUGAGAUUUGAAUGCUGCAUUGUCGUCCAGGCGAGCCAGAUAGUAACAUUAGCGGCUCGCUUCAGCGUAGUGCCCUGGAAAAGUGUGGUUUCAGCAGUUCAGGGCCAUUACUUUUGAAACCGUGAUUAAUAAUUAAUAAAGAAACAGAUAAACAGAGUGCUUUUGUAUUGUAAAAAAUCAGGACCCCUUAUCCUUAUC